AGCCCCUGUGUCAGACGAGGGGCCGUGGGCACCUUUGCUGCGCCACCGCCUACAGCCAACCACAAGCAGCAGUGUCGCUGCCUGCGAUGGCCGGUGACCGCGGCGUGCGGCGCGGCCGGGGGUUGCCGCCGGUGCUGCUGCCUCUGCCGCUCAUUCUUUGGCCCGCUGGCUGCAGCACCACGGCGAAGUGCGCGGCGGGCUUCGACCCUCCCACGAAGUUCACGGUCGAGGAGGUGUUGCCGAGCGCGACCGAGCUGUACAGAGUGGUGCGCACGGACAGCGGCGAGGCUGUCGCGAGCUUGAUGGGCGAGUCCCUGAGCCUGUCCAAGGCUGUUCGCUUCGUGGCGUCCGACGGAACCAUGCUGGCCAACGUGCGGCAGGCGUUCCUCAGCAACAACCUGGAAUUUUUCGACUGCACCGGCGACAAGAUUGCCGAUGUGGUCAUGCCCACGCCGAAUUCAUCGCCAGGUAAGUUUAUGGUGCGCAGCGACACGAUGGCGGAAGUUUUUCGUACCGUUGAGGGUCCCUGGUGGUCUCCGCAGCAGUGGAUCACCGUCAACGCGAUGGAUGUGCCACUCAUCGAAGUCAACGAUGGGUCCAAGGCGCGCGCGCCCGGGACCCUGCUGGUGCGGAUGUCGCAGGAGAAGUCCGGGCUGGCGCACCAUGCCGAGGUGGAGGUCCUGGCGAGCAGCGUGCCCAACGCCACCCAGUGGGCACAGGCCGCCGAGAUCGAGGCCACGGGCGCCGCGGGGAGGCGGCUCUUCUCCGCCAGCAGCUCGCGCAGGGCGCCGCCAGUAGACCCGGUGGUCAUUGCGCUCUUCGCCAGUGUGAGCUACCAAGAGGUGGGUGUGCUCGCCGCGUGGAGGGUUGUCGUCGCCGUGCUGACAGGGCUCGUGGCCUGCUGCGUGAUCUCCUGCCUCGCCUGGCGCCAGGUCGGCAAGGAGCUGCUGUGCAGCAUCUUCGCCGGCGGCAGAUAUUCGCCAGUGCAGGAUCUCCCAGACGAGGGCUACCGCCUGGCUGAGCAG